GAACCCGGAAACGCCUAGGCUGCACCGAGGUGGCACCGACGAAGGCGGCGGGAGCUGGCGGCGUUGCGGGUCAGCAGUCGCGACGGACCCCUAGAGCUCGGCGGCCUUGGGCGCCCGGCGUUGCUGAGCCGCAGGCCCCAGUGCGUGCCGCUGGCAGAGCUGCGCGGGAGGCAAAUGAAGAUAAAACUAUGUCUGCCAACCUAAAAUACCUUUCCCUGGGAAUUUUGGUCUUUCAGACUACCAGUUUGGUUCUAACCAUGCGUUAUUCUAGGACUUUAAAAGAGGAAGGACCUCGUUAUCUAUCUUCUACAGCAGUGGUUGUUGCUGAACUUUUGAAGAUAAUGGCCUGCCUUUUAUUAGUCUACAAAGACAGUAAAUGUAGUCUAAGAGCACUGAAUCGAGUACUGCACGAUGAAAUUCUUAAUAAACCUAUGGAAACACUUAAACUUGCUAUUCCAUCAGGGAUAUAUACUCUUCAGAAUAAUUUACUAUAUGUGGCACUAUCAAAUCUAGAUGCAGCUACUUAUCAGGUCACAUAUCAGUUGAAAAUUCUUACAACAGCAUUAUUUUCUGUGUCUAUGCUCAGUAAAAAAUUGGGUGUAUACCAAUGGCUCUCCCUAAUAAUUUUGAUGACAGGAGUUGCUUUUGUACAGUGGCCCUCAGAUUCUCAAGAGAUUGAUUCUAAGGAACUUUCAGCUGGCUCUCAAUUUGUAGGCCUCAUGGCAGUUCUAACAGCAUGUUUUUCAAGUGGCUUUGCUGGAGUUUAUUUUGAGAAAAUCUUAAAAGAAACAAAACAAUCAGUGUGGAUAAGAAACAUUCAGCUUGGUUUUUUUGGGAGCAUAUUUGGAUUAAUGGGUGUUUACAUUUAUGAUGGAGAAUUGGUUUCAAAGAAUGGUUUUUUUCAGGGAUAUAACCGACUGACCUGGAUAGUAGUAGUUCUUCAGGCACUUGGAGGCCUUGUAAUAGCUGCUGUUAUUAAGUAUGCGGAUAAUAUUUUAAAAGGAUUUGCAACCUCUUUAUCCAUAAUAUUAUCAACACUGAUAUCCUAUUUUUGGCUACAAGAUUUUGUGCCAACCAGUGUCUUUUUCCUUGGAGCCAUCCUUGUAAUAGCAGCUACUUUCUUAUAUGGUUAUGAUCCCAAACCUGCAGGAAAUCCCAUUAAAGCAUAGUCAUAAACUUUGUUUAACUGGUUUCUCAUGAUGGUGCACUAGGAAUCUCAACGUUAAUCUUGCACAGAGGACUUCUACUGAUUCUGUGAAGAUAUCAUCAUGCUGAAUCUGAUCAUAUUGUUCAGGUGGUUUGAAAAUAUACAGGCUUAAAGAUAAAAUGUUUGUACUGUAUAUGUAGCAAAACACAUUAUGCCUAGAAAUCAAAACUUUAAAGUAUUUCCAGGGUUUAAAAUUAGAGAGAAUAUUGGAGGACACUUGAAAUCUAAUUUUAAAGAGUUUGCCUUUUUGAUUGCUGCAGAAAUGUCCUAUGCACUCUUUGCAAGAGCACACAAAUAUCAAUUUUUGCAAAUUAGAUCUACUUACUCUUAUUAGAUGUUUUUUACCUUAUUCUUUCUGUACAGAAAUAUCAAAUCACAUGGAAUAGUUGAAGUUUGAAAAUUAUAAUUACCUAUUAAAGCUGUGAAAAAUAGAAAUAUUUGAAAAAAUUUUUUCACAUAUCUGAGAUUUUUAUAUUUGUAUAAAGAUUACUAAACAAAGGAUUGCCAAAUAUUAUUUGUUCACUUACAAAAAUUUGAUAAGGUAAUAUUCUCAGUCUGAUUUGUCAGAAAAUAAAAUUCAUAUUUAAAUGUAGUGUAAAGAAACAUCUAUUUCUCCAUAUACAUCCUAAGAUUUUUUUUAGUGCUUUGAGACAGCUGAAAGCAAUCCAGUUGUUCCUGUGCUAGACUUUACUCUAAUGGAGUUUUACCCUUGAUCUCUUAAUUGACUAUCUUUUCUGUAAAUCAGAUAAAUUCUUAAUAUUACUUUAAAUUAAAUUUUUGUGUUGUUACUGAAAAUUUUAAAUGUAAUUUAAAGGAAUUAAAUACCGAUUUAAUAAUUUAAAAUAAUUAUUGUCUAAUAGCUCCAUUUGGAGAAUUUUGAACUAUCAAGUUAUACUGUAUACAAAUAGAAAGAUUUUAAAUUAAUAUUUUACUUAU